CGCUUGCUGGGGUCGACGGCGCGACGGCGUGGGGGUCCGCGGGGAGGGGCCGCCGCCAUUGCCGCCUCGCUCAGGGGCCAGCGCCAUGGGCCAGUGCGGCAUCACGUCCUCCAAGACCGUGCUGGUCUUCCUGAACCUCAUCUUCUGGGGGGCAGCGGGCAUCCUCUGUUAUGUGGGGGCCUACGUCUUCAUCACUUACGAUGACUAUGACCACUUCUUUGAAGAUGUGUACACGCUCAUCCCUGCCGUGGUGAUCAUAGCUGUGGGCGCCCUCCUUUUCAUCAUUGGGCUCAUUGGCUGCUGUGCUACCAUCAGGGAGAGUCGGUGUGGACUCGCCACGUUUGUCAUCAUCCUGCUCUUGGUUUUCGUCACAGAAGUCGUCGUGGUGGUUUUGGGGUAUGUUUACAGAGCGAAGGUGGAAAAAGAGGUUGACCGCAGCAUUCAGAAAGUGUAUAAGACCUACAAUGGAACCAAUCCUGAUGCUGCCAGCCGAGCAAUUGAUUAUGUACAGAGACAGUUGCACUGUUGUGGAAUCCAUAACUACUCAGACUGGGAAAACACAGAUUGGUUCAAAGAAACCAAAAACCAGAGUGUCCCUCUUAGCUGCUGCAGAGAGACUGCUAGCAGCUGUAAUGGCAGCCUGGCCAACCCUUCUGACCUCUACGCUGAGGGGUGUGAGGCUCUGGUUGUGAAGAAACUACAGGAGAUUAUGAUGCAUGUUAUCUGGGCAGCCCUGGCCUUCGCAGCUAUUCAGCUGCUGGGCAUGCUGUGUGCGUGCAUCGUGCUGUGCAGAAGGAGUCGAGACCCCGCGUACGAGCUCCUCAUCACGGGCGGGACCUACGCGUAGCCGAUGUGCCCACGCUCGCCGCUCUUCUCAUUGGGAGAACCAUUUGCAAGUUGCAUAGUGCGUAGAGAUAAAGCAGGACAUGGCCUGCUCCUGUUGCCUCCGGGAGGGACGGCAGUGCUGCUGUGGUGUCAUCGGCUCCUUGCAGUCCUCACAAUGGAGAACUCUUGGCCAAAGGUUCUGGGGGGAGGGGAGGAAGCCGGCUGUCUGGUUAAGGUUGACACCAGGUGGUGCCCCUCAGCAGUGUCCUUUAAAAUAUAUAUACUGUAGUCCGAUAAGAUAGCAGCUGUACAAAAUGGCUAAAAUAGAUUUUAGAACCACACAGUGUGUAUCUUUUCAUCUUCAAAAUCAGAGACUGAUCUUUGAAAUGAGUGGUUUUUAAUCAAAGCUGGCUUUAUAGGAGGAGUAUAAUGUAUGCACUACUGUUUUGAAACAAUUAGUGUGAGUGUGCGUGCCUUUGUAUGAUUGAAUCCAUUCAUCAGAAGUCUAAAACUCGUUAGGGAUAAUGGACCCAUGUAGACUAGCAAAAAUAGUAUGUAGAUGUGACCUCAGUUGUAAAUAGAAAAAUCUAAUUCAAUAAACUCCAUAUCAGCCCUCAACG